CAAAAUGGUGUGGAGGCAUCCGGAUGCUGUUCUCAACGAUCCGGAGCCUUCCGAGUCUGAAUUGAAUGAUGCCUUUCUUUCAGCCAUUCGGGGGUGCCCUUCGAGGGUUCGUCCUUUUCCCGAACAUUUGUUAGUGCUUUUAGGGGUUAGUAAUAUUUGGGCAAAAGUUGAUCGGGAUCCGGUGUUGAUGAGAAAUGGCCUUGUUAUGUCUGCUUUGGACUUCAUCAAGAGUGACGACACGUCCGAUGUGGUUUUUGAAGAUGCUCCAACUGUUUCGGGUGAGAAUGUUGUGGUGAGAACUUCUGAGCAAAGGUUUGGGGGUUCGGGUUAUGUCAGUGUUGCAAAUGUGAAGGGUUUUACCAAGUCUAAUGUUCCCAAGCCUUCAACUCGCCGGUUAUCUCGUCGUUUACUGAAAGCUGCUCCUCAAUCCACUUCCACUGAGCCAGUGGAUUUGAGUGAUGAUAUCGAGGCUUCUGAGGAUCAGGCUGAAGUGGAGGCUGAAAAGGAGAAGGAGUUAGUUGUCCAUGGUAAGAAGGUUCGAGGGAAGAAGGGUGUUGCUACCCCUGUUCAAGGAUCGUCGAGCAAAGAUGCUGAAGGGUUGAACCCUGAGGGCAUUUAUGUGCCUGCUUGGCAAGUGAAGAAUGAUGAUACUUUCAAGGAUGCUGCCGUCUGUGAGGAUGUGGUUACUUACCUUUUGCAUUCCAAGGAAUUUAACUCUGCCCUUGGUGAUGUUUACACAAAGCUGCUGAACCUGGGGAAGCAUCAAGGCCUUACUGCUGGCUAUAAACUUCAUGAAUCUGGGCAGCCUUUGGAGAAGUCACCCAUGUUUCGCCCUGAGGCUUCUGAUAUCUUCAAGGCUUCUGUUGAGCAGAUGGAGAGGCUGACCUAUCCCUUCAUUCAUGAGGUUUGUGCUGAGGUUUUGGGUUCCUUGUCAAAGAAGAGGUCCUACUCUGGGGAUAGUGAUGAUACCCUUUCGAGCCUGCCUGAAGCCUCGAAGGAUGCCGGUUUGGAAACCUCUGCUGUUGGUGGUGAAGAAGGUCCCAAGGUGAAGAAGACCAAGAAAGCCAAAAAGUCUAAGGGUUUUGGGGACCCUUAA